GCAAUGGGAGAGGAGAGAACACAAAAGCAAAAGAAAAAAAAGAAAGACAGGGUCCAGCAAGCCACAGUGUGUGUUUUUCUUCCUUUUUGUUUCUUUUUUUCUUUUCUUAAUUUUUUUAAAAAAAUAAAUUUCCCGUUGCUUCAGUCGUAAUAUAAUUUUUUUUUCUUUCUCAUUCCCUCACUUUCUCUCGCUUUCUCACUGUCCGUUGGUACCAAACAGUUUUUCGCUCUUUCUUCUCUCGAUCUCUUGCUAUCUUCUGAACGCUCUGCGCGCUUCCUUCUAUCUCACACCCACUCAACUAAUAUGAGCAGAGUUCGCAUUACAUUUCACCUCCGGUUAUGAAUCCCACCACCGAACCAUCACAACUUCAGCCGCCGCAGCCACCCCAGCCCCACCGUCCUUCCACCUCUUGUGACCGUCAUCCAGACGAGCAUUUCACCGGCUUCUGCCCCUUAUGCCUUUGCGAGCGCCUCGCUGUGCUCGAGCCCUCUUCAUCCUCCGCUUCCUCUUCCCGCAAACCUCCCAUUCCUACCACCAGUACCGCCACCGCCGCCCUUAAAGCUAUUUUUAAGCCUUCCGGUGGGAGUGGUAGCUCUAAGUCUUCUUUUUUUCCUGAGCUCCGCCGUACCAAGUCCUUCUCUGCCUCCAAAAACGAGGGUUUUUCUGGAGUGUUUGAGCCCCAGAGAAAAUCUUGCGACGUUAGGGUUCGGAGCACUCUCUGGUCACUCUUUUAUCAGGACGAGGACCGAAAUCCUUCCAAAAGGGACUCCUUCAAAGGUCCUGAAAUCGAGUUUGAGUCCAGAAUUUCUUCCUCCAGCGUUCGAGGUCCCGUGUUUGAGUUUAAAGAAGAGGACGAAAUCGAAACCGACACCGAUAGUGAGAGUGCAGUUUUAGACGAGCCCAUUUUAACUGCAAGAAACUCCAACGCCAACCCAAUUGAAGAGAUUAUACACGAAGAAGAAGCUAUUGUUAUAGAGCCAGAGAAAGUGCAUGAGGAGGAGUUCAAGCCCAUGAAGGACCACAUAGAUCUCGAUUCACAAACCAAAAAGCCUUCUGGAAGGGAUUUUAAAGAGAUUGCAGGUAGUUUCUGGUCUGCUGCUUCAGUUUUCAGCAAAAAAUUGCAGAAAUGGAGGCAAAAGCAGAAGCUCAAAAAGCGGAGGAAUGGUGGGCCAGGAUCGGCCACAUUGCCCGUGGAAAAGCCGAUUAGCCGGCAAUGCAGGGAGACCCAGUCGGAAAUUGCGGAUUACGGGUUCGGCAGAAGAUCUUGCGACACGGAUCCGAGAUUCUCGCUGGAUGCAGGCAGGAUUUCGUUUGAUGAUCCUCGCUACUCCUUCGAUGAGCCCCGUGCUUCUUGGGAUGGGUAUUUGAUUGGAAGAACGUUUCCGAGAAUGCCCACCAUGGUUUCUGUGGUUGAGGAUGCUCCUGUUAAUGUUGCUUUAAGGUCAGAUACUCAAAUCCCAGUUGAAGAACCACAGCCGAUUCCCAUGAAUUCCAUCCACGAGGAUGAGACUGUUCCUGGUGGCUCUGCUCAAACCAGGGACUAUUAUUCUGAUUCUUCGUCUAGGAGGAGGAGGAGCCUCGACAGGUCUAAUUCUAUUAGGAAAACUGCUGCAGCUGUGGUCGCUGAGAUUGACGAGUUGAAGUCCGCUUCUGCUUCCAAUGCCAAAGUGUCACCGACAACUGUGGAUUACUUCCCUGGACCUAAGUUGGUGGUUCCAGACAGGGAUUCAUACUCCAAUUCUUUAAGGGACGACUGCUCUGAGACUUUUGAAAUGGGGUUCAGGGACCAAGCAUCAAUAGUGGGAAAUGGUGAAAGGAAGGAGGCCAAGAAGUCCCGUAGAUGGAGUAAAGCCUGGAAUAUUUGGGGGUUUAUACACCGGCGAAGUGUCAACAAAGAUGAGGAUGAAGAUAGGUAUAGCAGAGCAAAUGGGGUUGAGAGAUCAUUUUCAGAGUCUUGGCCAGAAUUAAGAGGGGAACGUAAUGGAGAAGUAAGAGGGGCUUUUAAUCCAAAGCUCUUGAGGAGCAAUAGUAGUGUGAGUUGGAGGAAUUCCAAUGGUUUUGGUGGUGGACAAUUUGGUAGUGCAAGGAAGAGCAGUGUUGAGAGUAAUGGGCAUGGAAGAAAGAAGAGAGAUGAGAUUGUGUUGGAGAGGAACAGAAGUGCAAGGUAUUCACCAAAUAACAUUGAUAAUGGACUGUUAAGAUUCUACUUGACACCGCUGAGGAGUAGCCGGAGAGGCGGCUGGGGGAAGAGCAAGUCCAGUCAUGCGCAGUCUAUUGCAAGGAGCGUAUUGCGAUUGUACUGAAUUGAAUUGGUUGGGAGGUCCAUAAAGGUGUUUCUUUGGUUUAAUGUUGUUAAUUUUGAUGCAUUUGUUGUGUAAGCACACAUGCCUAAUCUAUUCUUCAUGAGUUGGUUGGAUUAAAAAAACAAAAAAUCACUCCUAAAUUUGUUGCCUUUCCUGUGAGUUGCAUUUCUUCUUCUCAAUCAACUAUUCAAAUAACAAGAUUUUUGUGUUCUUUUCUUUCCUUU